AUGAAUGUUUAUUCCUUUUUAUUUCUUUUAUGCAAUAUCCUAAACAAAGCACAACGAGUUUGGAAUCAAGAGCUGCGCAAUCAUUUAGUUACUUGUAAUCCUGACAAUCACUUCAAUUACACGAAAUCAAAGCGUAAUUUCAUACCAAUUUUAACAACUUUAAAUCAUGAUGAUCAUCGUUUGUCGCAAAACACACAACUACAUUUUCCAACAAAAUUCAAUAGUUUAUUAUAUCAAUUUGCGUAUAUCGCAUUAACUGAUCCUUGUUUAUUAUAUGAAAAAGAAAUGAAUAUUGAUGGAUUUUUCGAAGAACAAAAUAUCCAUGGCUUCAGUCCAAUCAGUUUACUUUGUCAAUCAAUGAUGUGUCACGAAUUAUCUAGAAUAAGUGGAAUGUUAGUUGAGCGAUUCAGUUGGAUAAUAUGGUAUAUGCAUUGUGCUCUAAUGAAAGAACGUUGUACUCAUGAGAAUGCAAGUGUGGAUUGGUUAAUUAUGUAUAAGAUUGCACAUUCAAUGGGAUAUCACUUAAAGAACUAUUAUCUGUGUAAAUCAACUCAUGAAAUUCCAUUUAGUGGUUCAAUUAUAUCGGAUAAUAUAAACAAACAUAUUUAUUCAAGGUGGACACCAUUAUUGUUGAGUGAAUCUGUUCAGCCCAAUUCAAAAACUCAAUUAAAUAACAUUUUACAAUCAGUGUCGCUUUUGUGUCACGAAAUAAAACGAUAUUUUAGUCCAUUAUUACCCAAAAAUUCAAGUUCAGACUGGUUAUUUAAUAAUUUAUCAAGAUCUAUCGAUUAUUAUUUAAUGAAACACUUUACAUCAAGUCUUUUAAUCCCAAUUUCAUAUCUUCUAUUUGGACCAGCUGGAAGUCUUUUUCUUGAUUCAAAAUUUACCAGGCAGUCUAUUUUAUAUUUAAACGGACACUCUUUGAAAAAAUCGGCCGAUAAUACAUCCUCAUCCAUUGUUUCUCAUUGUGUUUGUAAUGACAAUGGAGUAUCGACUAAUUCGACUUUGCCUUCUGUGUCUUGUUCAACACAGACUACAACUUCCAUUGAUUCUUCAUGUUAUUCAACUUCUAUCACAACUUCUGCAUCAACCAAUUCUCCGCCUAAUUGUUAUUUUGCAACUAAUUCUUUUAAUACUCCUUCAUCAUCCUCCAUUCAAUUUAAUUCGAAUAAUUAUUCUUCUUCUUCAUAUUAUUCCACUACUUCAAUAUCUACUUCUUUAUCUGAUUCAUUAGUGCAUGGAUCUUGUGUGACUUCUACGCCCGUUCUCUUUUCAUCUAUGAUAUCUUUACCGAUUUCAUGUACUGAUAUAGUCACGACGACUACUACUACUACUACCAUUAAUACUACUGCUACUACUACUACCAGUAAUACUACUGCUGCUACUAUUUCUACAUCACUAGUGAAUUUAUCAUGUACUCCACCUACCAACUCGACAUCAACAUUUCCAACCUCUUCAUUAACAAAUCAACUUUCUAACUUCUCGCUCCAAGAAAAUAGAGACGAAGAAAGCGAAGAGAAUAUUUCAACCAACUUCAUUUCUAAUAGCAAUAAUAAUGAUAAUAGUAAUAAUACCAUGAAUUAUAAUCAAUUUAGUACACAAAUCGAAUCUUUAUGUUCUAAAUUGAAUGAUGAAACAGAAACUAGUUUAUCUAGUCAUCAAAGACAAAUCUAUUCACCAUUUUAUAAAAAGCACGGUAAAGAGAGCAAAAUCAGUCAUCGAAGUUGGGCAAAGUAUGGAUUGUUAAAUCCACAUCUUGUACCAUCUUGUAUCGAUUUACCAGAAUGUUUGGAUAAGACAAUGGAUCUAGAAGCGGUUUUUACUAAAUUAAAAAACGAUUUAUCGAUUUGUGAUGUAGAAAUCAAUAUCUACGAUUCAGAAUUACAGUACAUGAUUAGAAAUGCAAUAGAUAUGAUUUAUAGAAAUUCUUCUACAGAUGUUGGCUGUGGAUUAAAUGUUCAUUUUCAUCAACAAAUUAUCAAAUCUAUUAUUCAAUUAAAAAACUAUGAUAAAAUUUAUUAUACAAAUUGUGUAAAAGAAUUUUUAAUGAGAUCCUCUAGUAAAACUGAUGACAGUGAACAACAAUUUUGGAAUAAUUUUACACAAUAUGAUUUAAUUGUGAUUGAUUUAUUGAAUCAAAAUACAAAUCACUCUUUUCAUGCUGAUGAUGAUCAUGAUGAUGACGACGUUGGCGAUGUGUUACUUUUAUUGAUACAAAGAUUACAAGAAUUACGUUUUUAUUUACCAUGGAAUGAAUUGAUUAAUGAUGAUAUAUUGAAAGGAAUUUUCGUUAUCACGUCAACUGAUGAUAAUAUGAUAUUCGAUCCACUGAGACAAUACAUGUCCUGGGACUGUGUUGUUAAUUUUAAUGAGACGACAGAUCCUUUACAAUUCAUGAAUUUAGAAUUAAAAAGUAUUACUAAUACUGUCAAUCUUCAUCAAAUAUCUGUGCUUAAAAGUAUCUUGUUUAAUUAUUAUUUAUCCAACAUUAAAAACGAUAAUAGUCGUUUGAUUUUAUGCGAUCUAUUCAUUGAAGCUCAUCUGUUGGCUUGUAAAUAUAAUUGCUUCGACCAAAACACCACUUACAAUCAUGCACAAACAUUGUCCGAUUGUCAAUAUUCACUUAAUUAUUUAAUACAAUCAAUAAAUGUUUGGUAUUAUCUCGAAUAUUGUCAUCAUGAACAAAAUAAAAAUCAAAUAUUAUGCAAUCAGUUGAAUGAAACCAAUUUACUAUUUGAUUCGAUGAGAAAUGCUUAUCAUUCAUUAGAAAGUCAAAUAACUGAAGCUAAUUCUAUGCUUGCAAUAAUGAGAAAAGAUUUGCAUAACUAUCAAGAGAUAUAUUUACCUGAAGCUAAAAGGAAUUAUGCAUGUGCCCUCGAACGUUUACAAUAUUUGGAAAAGGAAAUCCUGCGUAAGGAAAGUGAAUUAACUGAUAUGAAGAAACCAAUGGAUAGUAUCAGAAAAUUGGCCGAAGAUGAAUUCGAUAAAUUAAAGAAUGCUUAUCGUUUAGCUGUUCAAGGUUUGCAUAAUUUAUCGAUUGAAGAUCUAGAUGAAAUAAGAUCGUAUCGUGAACCACCGGAUGAUGUAAAAGAUUGUGUCUAUUUAAUUUGCAUGCUUAUGAAUGAAGAGGAAAAUUGGGAAAAUGCAAAACAUAUGAUGGUUCCAGUAAAAUUUAUUAGUACAAUUUUAAAACUCUCCGCUCAAUCAUUGAAUAAACAUCAACACAGAGAAUUAAGAAAACGUUUAAAUAAUUCAGAAAUAUUAACAUUUGAAAAUUUGUUACAGGUGAGUGUUGCAGCUGCACGAUUAUAUCAAUGGUUAAAGGCAUUAUGUGAAUGUUGUGAUGCCGCGGAACGUUUACAAAUUCAUAUCAAUAAUUAUUCUUUAAUUGAAAUGCAAUUAAAUCAAAAUGAAUCAAUAUUAGGCAAUUUACAUGUUUCCUUACAAAUGACUAAAAUCGACAUAGAAUUAGCCAAUAAUCGUUUAAUUGAAUGUGAACAACAAAUUAAACAUCUAUCAGAGAGUAUCAAUACAUUAUAUUACAAAAUUGAUGAAGCUAAAUCAUUGAUAUCAACUAUACAGAGUAAUUUAACUGAAUUACUUGUUGACGACAGCAAUAAUGAUGUAAUUGAUGCCAGCAAUGAUUUUUCAUUUUGGUUCAAUAUACUUGGAGCAUUGGGAACAGUUUACUGUCAAGUAUUUCCAGUUAAGCAUAGAUCUUUAUUGUGGAACAAUUUCAAGAAUCUUGUUUGGAAUAAAAUGAAGCAAAUCAAUCAACAAAAUACUAUGAAUGAUUAUAAAGAAAGUUUAAUCAUGAAUGAAGAAAAUUUCCAUAGUUUACAAUUAUUUAAAAUUAUUCAAAUUAAACCAUAUGAAAUAAUGAAUUGGUUUAUAUGGGAGAAAAAAUUCCCAUCUGAAUUAAUACUUACAUAUCAUAAUCAAAAUAUUGGUUAUAUGCUUGAAGCUAUUCUAUCUAUACGUACAAUGCUAUGGUCAGUUAGAUAUACUCAUACCAGACAGUGUACUACUACUACUACCAGUACUGACACUACUACUACAAAUACUACCGAUAAUACUAAUAUGAAUGGAUCAACGUUAUAUUUGUUUAUUUAUGAUCCAGAUCUAAUUGGUAUAAAUAUGAUAAAAUUAUUAUUACUGACAACUGCUGAUCAAGAUGAAUAUGGAAAUGUAUGUUCUAACAAGAAAGAUCAGUUGAUAUCUGAUAUUUAUAUAGAUGCAAAUGAAUUCAAAUCUAUUCUCAACUACAGCAUGAGCACACGUAAGCUUAAUAAAUAA